UAACAUGGCGCUUGCCCGACAGACAAAGACAGUCAGGCUGGUGUGAUUGAGCCAAAAAAAAAAAAAAAAAAAAAAAAAGCAGGGGGGAGGGGGGAAUUUCUCUUGGGGGGGGGUCGGGGAGGGGGCAUUGGAAGCUGCGGGAUUUUCACCCCCCCCACUGCUCCCCUCCCUUUGCACCCCCUUUAUUUUCCCCCCUCACACUGGGACUGGGGAUCCCCCCCACCGGUGCUGUUAAAUGGUGAGGUGGAGAAGUGACCAGGAUCCAGAGGAAAGUGAAAAGGAAGGAGUUGUGUGUUUUCCCUGUAUUAUUAACAGAAUGGUAAAUAACACUGAAGACCCCUGCGAGGCUUUCUGACUUGCCCUCCUCAUGUAAAGUAUGCUCAGAACCUUUCCAGUAGUUCUGCUGGAAACCAUGUCUCACUACACAGAUGAACCCAGAUUUACUAUAGAGCAGAUAGACCUGCUUCAACGCCUGAGACGUACUGGAAUGACCAGACACGAAAUCCUCCACGCCUUGGAAACCUUGGACCGUCUCGAUCAAGAGCAUAGUGACAAGUUUGGAAGAAGGUCUAGUUAUGGAGGUGGUUCCUAUGGCAACAGUACCAACAAUAUCCCAGCAUCUUCCUCUACAGCCACAGCUUCUACACAGACCCAGCAUUCUGGGAUGUCCCCAUCGCCUAGCAACAGUUACGACACCUCCCCACAGCCUUGCACUACUAAUCAGAACGGGAGGGAGAGUAACGAGAGGUUGUCGGCUUUCAAUGGGAAGAUGUCGCCCACACGCUAUCCACUUGCAAACAGCUUGGCUCAGAGAUCGUACAGUUUUGAAGCCUCUGAAGAGGACUUGGACGUAGAUGACAAAGUGGAAGAAUUGAUGAGGAGGGACAGCAGCGUGAUAAAGGAGGAAAUCAAAGCCUUUCUUGCCAAUCGGAGGAUUUCUCAAGCAGUUGUUGCACAGGUAACAGGUAUCAGCCAGAGUCGGAUCUCUCACUGGCUGUUGCAGCAGGGGUCAGACCUGAGUGAACAAAAGAAAAGGGCAUUUUACAGAUGGUACCAGCUUGAGAAGACAAACCCUGGGGCUACGUUAAGUAUGAGACCUGCUCCAAUCCCAGUAGAAGAGCCAGAAUGGAGACAGACGCCUCCCCCAGUCACAGCUACCUCUGGGACCUUCAGACUACGGCGAGGCAGUCGGUUCACAUGGAGAAAGGAGUGCCUGGCAGUUAUGGAAAGUUACUUCAAUGAGAAUCAAUAUCCUGAUGAGGCAAAGAGAGAAGAAAUUGCAAAUGCCUGUAAUGCAGUUAUACAAAAGCCAGGCAAAAAGUUGUCCGAUUUGGAACGAGUUACCUCCCUUAAAGUGUACAACUGGUUUGCCAACAGAAGAAAGGAAAUCAAGAGAAGGGCCAAUAUCGCAGCAAUCCUGGAGAGCCAUGGCAUAGAUGUACAGAGUCCAGGAGGCCAUUCCAAUAGCGAUGAUGUCGAUGGAAAUGACUAUUCAGAGCAGGACACUUGGCAAGUACGCAAUGGGGAGGAGGAGGGAAGAUGUUCAGAGGGAGGCAGAGAAGCAGAGAAGGUAGAAGAAGACAGGAGGAUCUGCUCCAAACAAGAUGACAGCACUAGCCAUAGUGACCACCAAGAUCCCAUUUCAUUAGCCGUGGAAAUGGCAGCAGUAAACCACACCAUCUUGGCAUUGGCCCGGCAAGGAACCAACGAAAUCAAGACAGAGGCCCUAGACGACGACUGAUACAAAGAAGGGGGAGGGUCAAAACAAGAAGUAACUUAGUUUUAGACGUAGCACCUUAGCAGACUUUCCUCGGUCCUUAAUAUGUGUUCUUCUUACAGUAUAACUUUGCAGUUUCUUGUACGUCAGUUAGCUGUUAGGGUCUUGUUCUGUGAAGAUGGCAUGGUGCCCUCAGCCUUUGCAUAUACUCUCUCAGUAUUAAUUCCCAGUAAAUAAUCAGUCAACCAACCAACCUCCCUAUCCCAGCCCCAGUGGCUCAAAAAUCUUGCUGCUUUGUCUUAGCAUUCCAAGAAAGUGCUUCCAGGUAUUUUAGAGAGCCCUCAGUUCCAAGUCUUAGGCUACAUGUCAAAUCUUGGAUAUCCUUAGACAGCAUGUAAAACUAGUCUGUACGCUUUUCCUUCUCCAAGACUGAAAGGAUGGAAGCUGAGGUAGAGGCAUAGGGUCGAUGGACACCAUAUUGGGAGUAUCAACAGAGAGUAAAAAGAACACUAGAAACCCCACUUCAGCAUGGGAAUAAGUGAUUUCCAGCUGCAAUAAGCCGUGCCUCACUGGUCACACAGUGACUUGAUAUACUUCUUUUGGGUACUGCGCUGAGAAUGUCCACGGGAAACAUAUUCACACAUUUCGGUUGAUGCUCACAUAUUCAACACAGACAUCCUCUACUCUCCCGAGCUGCAUGGCUUAGUGGAUAAAAUACUGCCUUCUGCUUCUGGGACCAUGAUAGAAGCCCAGCCUGGGAUCACAUGAAAAAUGAGCUGAAUGUCUAAUGGACGGCAGUCCACUUCUCAAAACCACUAUUCAUUAUUUGGCACAUCUAGCAGUGCCUGCUCCGAAGAGGUCUAGACUCUAUCGAUCUGUCAUAGAAGUUGCGUUACCUUUUGUUCUUUCUCUCACCUUUCCCCCUCCAGCCCCUCUCAAAAGCAAUGUUUUCAAAAAAAGGGAUUAAGAUAAUAAAUGGGUGAGUUUGUACAAAUCUGUGUAACUAUUGCCUGCAAUCCCAACAGGCCUGAAAGGUUAUUGGAGGACUUUGGUAUCUAGUUUCUGCUAGUUAUCAACGUGGCAUAAAUAUUCACCCAAAUAUGAACACUUCUUAAAAGGCAGGAAGAUCUCCUCCUUGAGAUAUAGGGUGUAAUGCUUUUGUGUUCUCUUUACUCUGUCCUUGUUAAGGUGUGAGAAAGCUAUACUGCUACAGACAAUUUAAUUAAUAAUGGGAAGCCAUAUUGAUAAUGGAUGUGGUAAUAUUUGUAAAGCAAACCUACUUUAAGUAGCAGAAACUGACGGAAUUGUUUUUCCUUGAUCAUAUGUAGCACUUUUGUUACUUUUUUCUUAAAGAUAUUUAUAUUUGAUAAAUCUUUUUUUUAUCAUUUGAGAAUUCAAAAUACCAAACGACAAACUUGCGUUACAGAGUCACCCUGUGAUCACCUUGUCAUCUAGUAUCUAAAUGAUGAACUGUGUAUGCAUCUAAGAAAAUUACAUCUGCUGGCAUUGUGUGAAAGUGAUCUCAUGGCAUCCUGAUAAAAGUGAUAUGUCGCUGCCGUUAAGAGGAAACUGUUCCCUGGAAGUAGCAUGGGAUGCGUUAGAGACGGUCUAGGCUGCAUUAUAUCUUUGAAAAAAUGAAUACAUUUACAUAGCAUUGCCAUGGCAUUCCAUUUUAUCCUCCCUGCUGUAUGGAAAUAGUUUAAGAGGGAAGAUGGCUUUGUUUUGAAGCAUGGCUUUCCUUUGUCUUUUGUUCAUUUUUAAAGGUGAAGGGAAGUUACUAUGACUUGUUUAGUUUUUAUUCCUUUCCAUCUCCUCGUCAUCCCUCAGCUUUGCAAGAUGGUUGCAACUUGAAACCCUCAGAUAUAAUUGCAAGCACUUAGAAAGAAAAAAAGA